GGGCGAUGUACAACACCAGCCACUAGAGCCUUGCCUUCGCAGGUCACUGCGAAGCGAGGCGGUUCGGUGAUCGACGCUCCGCCGCAAGCGAUAGGGACCAGGCAUUUCCGACAAGUACAUAUCAUAAUAAUGUUCGGAUCGGAAAAGCCCUCAGCGUCCUUUCAUAGACCCCUCACAGAAGAGCGGCUUCUCGUUCGGCCUGUUUUUUAUCACUCGGCAUGCAUCAUUCGAAUUUACCAUUUCCGAAGAAAGCUUCUUGCAAACACCGCACCGCCUGCCAUUCUCGCAGCCUGAUCUUCCGAACGCUUUAUUCGUAGGUGUGAAGGCCGAGUCCGUCAUUCGACGCCUGGAAGUGCCCCCGGAAUCCUGGCUUUUGUCAGGACCUGACGUUUCUCGCGGGCUGAGAUCAUGGAGAUUUGCGGAAACACUGGCGCUCUCCGCUCGGCGCGCAAGAGAGCGCGGGACCAGGAUGAGCGGCGACAGGGGGGAGCUUCAAGCGCCGCGAAAUGCGGCGCAGCGCACGCUAAGAUCGAGUUUGCAGAAAGAUGCGACGAGCACAGCGUCGACAGCUUCAAGGACUCGAAAAUGCAACAUCAUCACGAGCCUCCCAGUGGCGGCAGGCCGACAAGCGGCAGCCACGAUAACCACGGGCCUGAUAUGCUUGAAGAUCGGCCCGAGGGGCGGCGGCAGCAGCGGUGCGGCGCAGGGCCCGCGGCGGGGUGUAAGAAGGUGCGCAUGGUGCGGUAUCCGUACAAGCCGCUGCUGCCGCGCGACGGGUUCAGCUGGGUGAAGUACGGGCAGAAGAAACUCACCACUGGCGACAACAUGAUCAGGCUUUACUUCCAGUGUGGCCUGCGCGCCUCCCACGCGUGCCCUGCCCGCCGCACGGUGGACCUAAGCUGCCACGACCCAGCCGCGCCCAAGCUGCUCAACUACUUCUGCUCGCACAACCACGAGCCCCACUACGACGUCUCCGCUGAGUCCGCCGCCCUCGCACCGUCCCCCAACGACAAGCACUCCACUGUGACUGCCGCGGCCAGCAGCAGCCCGAGCAAAAGGGCGCUGCUCACCCGUAAACUGGGUCCAACGGUGCCGGAUGCACCUGCUGGGAAGAGCCCGGGUGCCGCUGGGAAGAGCCCGGGUGCAGCUGGUUCACCCCAUGCCGGUGGCUCCGCUUCCCCCGCCUCGCCAUCGUCACAGUGCCUGCCAGGCUUCGCCCCCAGUGCGAUCACCUGGGGCAUGCUGGAGGUUCCGUCGAUCUCCCCGCUCCCCUCCCCCUCUUCCAAUGCACCGUCCCUGAACGCCCCGGCAUCCCCUGCUGCAGAUUACCUGGCUGCGCUGGCAGCGCUGCUGCUUGGGUUGGCUGCGCCCGGUGCUGCUCCCGCUCAUGCUGCUACGUCUCCUCCUCACCGCACGCCCACUGCGGUGGCUCCCUCAGGGAGUGAUGCGGCCACUGCUGCUCCCUCGGGCUCAUCCCACGUGCCACCAUCGCCAGCUGCAGUGCUCGCAGCUCUUUCCCUGCUGGUGCAGUCAGCAAUGGCGGAUGGCGGAGGGCUCUUGGGGACAAUGAGUCCUUUGCCAGCUGAAGGCAGCCCGCUGCAGCAGCAGCAGGAGCCCCAGGAGCUGCCAGACUCGCGUUUUCAGCUGCAAGCGGCGCCGGUGACGUCAAUCUUUCUGGAUCUCACCGAGUGCCCUCAGCAGCUGACCCCCGGCAGCACUGCUGCUGCAGACUCGCAUUUGGUUGACUGGACUCAGUCUGUUGACACAGGAGCAGACCUGCUUGGCACUACCCUGGAUUGGCCCAGCAAUUCAUGGGUGGAUGCCAGUGAGCCUCUCUCCCUCGAUGCAGCGCCAACGAAGGAUGACACAGUGAGCCAGCAGCAGCUGGUGAUUUGCGAGGAUGAGUGUGGAGCGAUUCAAGUCGUUGCGCGCCCUGUCUGCGGACCUUCAAAAGGCUUCCAAUGUUUUUCCAAGGAGCCAGUGGAUGCAAGUGAAACCGUCGAGCGUGGUUUUCUGGCUUCUCGUGGAUCUAGACUUUCAGUAGGAAGCUCUGGACGGUCUGUCGAUGCGUUGGCAGAUAUAGUGCCGUCUUGGAGCCCGUCAUCUGAAGGAGAUGGAUAUACCUCUAGGCCUCUAUCAAGCAUUUUUGAUAACUUAGGGACGCUUUGCGAGGGUGAGAGCUGGUGAUUCCUGUUAUUAUUUUAUCCUUUCUCCCAAAAGGGCAUAAAGGAAAGUUGUACUGUAUUUGCCUGUGUUGGAACACAACUUUUUCCUAA